UACAUACUAAAUUGCCCUAACUUCACUUACAUUCCCUAUAUAUAUGUAUACAAGGCCACAAGAGACGUAUACAAAUCCCAUCACAAGCAAAAAACAUUACAACUAUCCAACUAGCUCCUCACAUUCUCUACACAAGCAAUCACAUUUUCUCUCUCAAUUGUGUAAAACUAGCUAAUUGGAAUAGAUGGAUCGGGUGGCGAAGCUGGCAUCGAAGAAUGCAGUGGUGAUAUUCAGCAAGAACUCGUGCUGCAUGAGCCAUACAAUCAAGAGAUUGUUCUACGAGCAAGGGGUUAGUCCAGCGAUUUAUGAGCUCGACGAGGACUCGAGAGGGAAGGAGAUGGAGUGGGCGCUGAUGAGACUAGGGUGCAACCCAUCAGUGCCUGCAGUGUUCAUUGGAGGUAAAUUUGUUGGGUCUGCUAAUACCAUCAUGACUCUUCUCCUCAAUGGCUCCUUGAAGAAGUUGCUCAGAGAAGCUGGAGCUAUUUGGCUUUAGCUAGUUAGUGACAUUUGGUCAUCUUGAGAGUUUUGAAUAAGUUUGAAAAACUUGUAUUUUGGCAUAUUAAUAUCAAGUUAUGAUGAAUAUAAACCAAAAAUUCCUACUC